AUGUCGGCGAAAGCGGCUCCGGCCGAGCUCUCUUCUACUGGUUCUUCGAGGCCGCAGCCGACCCCGAUGCGAAGCCCCUCGUCCUUUGGCUCACCGGAGGUCGGAAACGCUCUGACCGACGACUUCCUCGACCACUACGGUGUUUUCGAGUACUACUGGAUGGCCGGAUUGAUCUCCGACCGAUCUUACCGGAUGCUGAACCUGCACCGCACUUCUCUCUCAUUUCUGCACAAGUCUCCAGAAUGCGACGACAUUCUUGAUUCUGCUCUUGAAGAAAUCGGAGAUAUUGACAUCUACAGCAUUUUCUCUCCCACCUGCACUUGUGCUGUCACCUUCUCAGGGAAUAAGCUGCUGAAAAGAUUGCAUGAUAGUGGAAAAAUGGGGGAUAAAUAUGAUCCAUGCAUUGAGAAUUACUCAACAGUGUACUUCAACUCACCUGAGGUUCAAAAAGCACUUCAUGUUAACCCAGCAUUUGCACCACCUAAGUGGAUAACAUGCAGUAAUGUUAUUAAUGAAAAUUGGCACGACACUCCGAGUUCCGUGCUAAACAUUUACCAUGAACUUAUACAACACGGGCUUCGCAUUUGGAUGGUUAGGUAA